GUCAGUGGAGAUCACAUAAGUGGGUGGAACUUCAGCAAAUUGUAUUCCAACUCAUUUUGUCUUUCAGUGAUAAACAGUGUGGCAGAAGACGUCCAACUAGAAGUGGACCAUGUGGACGCUAUUGUGAGUGAGUGGAUGGGUCAUGUUCUCCUCUUUGAAAAUAUGCUCCCCUCUGUCCUGCGUACUCGCGACCGCUUUCUGAAUCCACCACCUUCAACUAACAUUACUGACCUCUCGGCUUGGAGACGGGAGCGCCUCUUCCCUUGUCGUGCCACUCUCUACAUUGCCGGCUUCUCUGAUAGUCCUGAGGAGAAUUAUGACUCUGAGGAAUCCGGAAACUCGAUUGAUGAAGACCAGUGGAAAAAUAUUUCGGAGUUAUAUGAGGUGAACUUGAGUGGGGCUUUUGCCUCCGCCGUCCGUAACGACAAAGAAAGGCAGAUUCAUGUUGACUUUAUGGAUCAAAAGUGCAUUAUCACAAGGUCUGCAGAGAUUGCCACUCUCGAUUUGGCCACGCUUUCUCCGGACGAACUGACUGAGCACGGAGUAAAAGGAUCUUUUUCCAUGAAAUCAAUGGGUACGGCAACUUUGAGAGGGCUUGUGAUUUGGUUUACAGUUGAGUUCCCCGAUGGAGAUGUACUCUCCACAUCGCCAUAUAAAAACCCAACGCAUUGGCAACAGGCGCAACUUUAUAUAUCCGAACCUCUGUCACUUGUGCAAGAUGAUGUUUUAAGUGGUGAAAUUCACUUUACUCAUCCAACUGGUGCACCUCGGGAUCUAGCAAUUGACGUGGAUUUUGUCAUGAAUAACGCAGAGGAAACUCGUGUAAAGCGUACUUACAGCCUUUCGAGUUGA